AUGGCCGCCUCAACCACCACCACCACCCCGGCCCUCUUCCGCUUCAGCGUCCACAACACCACCGACACAACCCACAUCUCCCACACGCACCCCGUCCCCCUCUUCCUCUGCCAGCCCGCCGAAUCCCAACAAACGAGCGCCGCCUUCAAAGACGCCUUCAUCGACGUCAUCGCCCUCAUCACCGCCCAACACCACACCGAAUGCAUGGCCGCCCUCACCUCCCCCUGUCUCGCCUGCGCCUCCCCCACGACCGACUGCCUCAAAUCGCCCUCCUCGUUCCUCAACCUCGCCGAGCCCGUCGUCGUCAUCGCCGUCUACCCCGUCUGCGGCAGCAAGACGUGCGAGUACCAGGUCCGGGGUCAGUUACUGCGGCGUCAGAUGCGGGGCAUCGAGGCGGCGAAGGAGGAUGAGCGGAAACUCUAUGGGAAAAUGGGACGCGAAGCGCUGUGCUGGGUGUGGCUCGGUGGGGUAUUGCGGCAAGGAGUGUCAGGCGGAGGGGUGGAAGGUGCAUAA